AAUUGCCCAACGUCAAAUAUUAGUUUUUGUUUUUGUCGAUUUUUUUUUUUAUCAAUUCUUAAAAAGUUUGUUUCUUGUUGAUAACGUCAUAUAAUUUCCCUUUUAAGACCCGUUUACUAACAUUAGCCAAACUUGGUAAAGGUACGUUUUUGUCGGGUGAAGGUCUCCGAAUACUAGGUAGUUAUACACUUGAAAUUAAACUUCCCGAUCAUUAGAAAAGAGACUUGUUUGUUUAACGCAUGCUGUAAAUGAACACUACGUAAUCAUACAAAAGAAGCAACCGAUAACAGACUGUGCGGCAAGAAAAAAGUGCAUAUGUGACUUACAUGACCGCAUGCCCCAGGACGAUGGCUGGUCAUCAAGAGAAUAUGAAAGUUGGAUUUUCAUUGUUUCUUGUCGGUUGUAUUGUUCUUGAAGUGACCGGUUUAUUUACCCAUGAGGAUAUAAUAUCAUCAGAGCCGGCUUGUUAUGGAUCGACAUAUGAGAGUUUCCUGGAGGUCAGCUGUUCCGCGGAUUCAUAUUUGUUUCCACUAGCCGUGCAUGUUGGUGCUAAACCACUAUCCUUAGGAUGUAAGCCAUACGAGAAUAACUACAAUGAUAAUGAUACGAUAUUGUAUGAGGCGUGUUGUAAAACCAUAAACACGUCCACAGACUGCGUAAGUGUAUUCGAUAACCCAAAUAUAACCACUUACAUGACGAAAUGUAUCGGCGUGAAUGCUUGUCGAGAUUUACCAAUCAUAUGGAAAACCACAAAUACCAUGGGUUGCAAUAUCACGGGUAAUGUGACGUAUCAGGACCAGUCUAGCAUCAUUUAUAUGGAACACUACUGUAUAGAGCGGAAAAGGAUCACUACCCCAGUGAAAGAUUUGACAUUUCGCAGUAAUCCACCGCACGACAUCCUAUAUCUAACAGCAUGUGACAGCAAUUCAUAUGGAAACGGCAUAGUGGAGAGAAAUGUCACGUGUGACGUGGUGACGUCGAAUCAGUCGCACAUCGAAGUGUGGAUAAUGGAUCUCCGUUUUAACGAGGCAUUUUCCCAGCUUAUAGAAAUCAAAUCCGGAAAUUCUAAACAACGAUUGACAACAGCGAAUAAUUUUGAUCCACGUCGAUUGCACUUUAAUACAUCGAAUAUCAGCGUUAAAUUCGAAACCACAAGCAACGAUUUGGAGUAUGUAUGGCUUGGAUUCAAAGCCACUCCACCCGAUUUCAUCGAGAUUAUAUGCGAAAAAAGUGACCGAUUCAAUAUAGCAGCUGACACUCCUUCCUUAUCUGAUGAAAAAGAGGAAAUCGGAAUGAUAACGGGACUCGCGGCUGGUGGAUUAGGAAUUCUAGCAAUCUGUAUUCUCAUCAGCAGAAUAGUUUACCGAAGACAUCAACUCAGAAAGAUUGCGGAAGAGGAAAAACGACUUCAGGAAAAUGAAGUGCAAAAUUAGACUGAGUGUUAUGUGUGACUAUCAGACUACGGGCAUGAGAACAGUAUUGCUAUAAUUUUCUAGACUCACUUCCGGUACUGAUUAGAAUAUAUCUGCUAUCCUUGUUGGGUUUCUCAGUGCCCCGAAGUUUAGAGACUUAUUGUUUGUCGUUCACUUUUUCU